AUGGUUGCCAUUUCCAUUCUCACUUUGGGAGCCCUGUUCGCCCAGGCGCUGGCUAUGCCCGCUGCCACGGAGACUCCCGUAAGCGCUGCGACUCCCACCGCUGCGUCCAGCUCCCUGCCGGUCGCUGAGUCUCAGCUCGAUGACCUGGCUGGGCUGGCAUACAAUGCCAGUGUCGAGAGUGUCUCGAGCGACAGUGACGUCGAGAAGCGUGGCGGUUGUUCAUUGAGCAGCCUGCGCGUUCGUCGCGAUUGGAGAUCUUUCUCCAAGGCCAAGAAGACCUCCUACAUCAACUCUAUCCUCUGCCUGCAGAAGUUGCCCUCGCGUACUCCCUCCGAGUUGGCCCCUGGCGCGCGGUCUCGCUACGAUGACUUCGUCGCUACUCACAUCAACCAGACCACAGGUAUCCACUACACUGGAACCUUCCUGGCCUGGCACCGGUACUACAUCUGGAACUUCGAGGAAGCCCUUCGCAACGAGUGUGGCUACACCGGCGACUACCCCUACUGGAACUGGGGUGCCGACACCGGCAACCUGGAGAAAUCCCAAGUCUUCGACGGCAGCGAAACCUCGAUGUCCGGCAACGGUGCCCACGUCGAGUCCGUCGGCGACAUCCAGCUGAGCCUGGGUACCUACCCAGUCAUUCACCUGCCCACCGGCAACGGAGGCGGCUGUGUCACCAGCGGCCCGUUCAAGGACUACUCCGUCAACCUUGGCCCCGUCGCACUGAUGCUUCCCGGAGGUGAAACCGGCAGCACAGCCAACCCUCUCGCAUAUAACCCGCGCUGUCUGAAGCGCGAUCUGAGCACCCAGAUUGUCCGGGACUACGCUAACUUCACCGCGAUCGUUGACCUGAUCCUGCGCAACGACAACAUCUACGACUUCCAGAUGAACAUGCAGGGUGUUCCCGGCAGCGGUAACAUCGGCGUUCACGGUGGUGGUCACUACUCCAUGGGUGGUGAUCCUUCUCGUGAUGUGUUUGUUAGCCCCGGUGACCCUGCUUUCUGGCUCCACCACGGUAUGAUUGAUCGUACUUGGUGGAUCUGGCAGAACUUGGACCUGUACAAGCGUCUGAAUGCUAUUUCGGGUACUGGUACUUUCUUGAAUGGUCCUCCUUCGCCUAACACUACUCUUGACACGGUUCUUGAUAUUGGUUAUGCUGGUGGUGAGACUGUUGCGAUGCGGGAUCUUAUGAGCACCGUCUCUGGUCCUUUCUGCUACAUCUACCUGUAA